AAAAAGUAAGAAGGAAAUGGGCAAAUCCCCCCCGUUGGAAGGGGCUGAAACCCAGGGCGAGUCCCCAGGCUCCCCCCGGGCGGGCGGCGGGGCUGAGUUUGACUGGCAAGUCUCCUUGUCUGUCACACCGAGAUCCCUCCUCCUUUAGGAGGGAUUUAAGGGGCUUUCUAUGGCUAUAGGCGACAAGGACAAAUAGCACCCCCAAACCCCAGAGCUCAGCGAUGAAGCUGCUGGCGGGGAGGAGAUGGAAGGAGAGAUGCCGGGCUAAAGCAGACGAGCUGAGCUGAAGGGAUCGCUCCAUCCUUCCCCAGCAGCGAGGCAGAAGGAAAAAUGUAAUCGGAGGAGCUGGAAAGCUGAGCAGCCUGGCAGAGCCUGCACCCUGCACCUCUGCUCCUCUGCCCUUACUCGCCUCCUGCAGGAUUUAAGCCUUUCAUUUGCCAUCUCGACUCCUGGCCAUCCCCGUCAAUAAAUGAGGGAGCAUAAUGCUGAACAGCAUCACCGAUGGGUUCCUGUGCUGCCUGAUGGGCAAGGCCACCAACGCGGUGGGGCCGCUGGACAGCGUUGAGUCCAGCAACGGCUACAGCUUCAUGGAGGUGAAGCCGGGGAGGAUCCUACGGAUCAGGCACAGCACCCCGAGCCGCCCGGCCCCGGAGGAGCCCCAGGAGCCCCAGCCCGGGGCCCUGGCCCGGGGCACCGUGCACUGCAAGCGCAGGAUCACCGUCUACCGCAACGGGCAGCUGGUGAUCGAGAACCUGGGCGACGCCGUCCGCUCCGAGAUCCUGCACUGCCAGAACAGCUCGGGGGAACCCAACAGCACCGUGGAGCUGGAGCUGCCCGACCUGGCUGGCCAAGCUCCUGCCCAGGGACCCGCCAGCAGCCCGGGAUGCGGCACGAGGGAGGGACCUCCCGCCCCCGGCAAGCGACGGAAGAGGAAGCCCAAGAAAGUCAUCAACAUCGACUGCAAGAAGCAGAUCACGAGCUGCAAAGGGACGCACAGCGACGUCGUCCUCUUCUUCAUCCACGGCGUGGGCGGCUCCCUGGACAUCUGGAAGGAGCAGCUGGACUUCUUCACCAAGCUGGGCUACGAAGUGGUGGCUCCUGACCUUGCUGGCCAUGGCUGCAGCUCGGCUCCCCAGAUUGCUGCUGCCUACACCUUCUAUGCCCUGGCUGAGGACAUGAGGGCCGUCUUCAAGCGCUACGCCAAGAAGAGGAACAUCCUGAUAGGACACUCCUAUGGGGUGUCCUUCUGCACCUUCCUUGCCCACGAGUACCCAGACCUGGUCCAUAAGGUGAUCAUGAUCAACGGCGGGGGCCCGACGGCGCUGGAGCCCAGCCUCUGCUCCAUCUUCAACAUGCCCACCUGUGUGCUGCACCUCCUGUCCCCGUGCCUGGCCUGGAGCUUCCUCAAGGCUGGCUUUGCUCGCCAGGGUGCCAAAGAAAAGCAGCUGCUGAAGGAAGGCAACGCCUUCAACGUCUCCUCCUUCGUGCUGCGCGCCAUGAUGAGCGGGCAGUACUGGCCCGAGGGUGACGAGGUUUACCACGCCGAGCUGGCAGUUCCCGUGCUGCUGGUCCAUGGCAUGCACGACAAGUUCGUCCCGGUGGAGGAGGAUCAGAGAAUGGCUGAGAUCCUGCUGAUCGCCUUCCUGAAGGUGAUCGACGAGGGCAGCCACAUGGUGAUGAUGGAGUGUCCCGAGACCGUGAACACGCUGCUCCACGAGUUCGUCCUGUGGGAGCCCGAGACGCCAGCAGGGGACGGGCAAGGGGAGAAGAAAUAAGGCAGCGGGAGGCGGUGACCGGGCUGCUCCCGUGGGAGAGACGUUUCGGAGAGGAGAAGGGUUUGUGAGAGCGGAGGGGCGUGCCCGAGGCCGCCCCCGCCGGGAGCUCAGCCCAUUUUCUUUCCCGGCCGCAGCGGAGGCUGGUGGCGGAGCACGGAGGCUCCCCUGGGCAGGGGUGUGCGGGGCCAGCAGGGGGAACACGGCAGACCUGGUCCCUGUCCCCUCGGGGAUGGCACGACAGCCGCUGGAGCGGCUUCAUCCCGUUUCUUUGUAGUAUUAUUUUCCUCAUGCAGCGACCGGCCGGGGACGGAGAGGAGGCGGCUGCGGGGAGACCGGUCCCACCUGCAGCAAAAUAGGAAGAACUCAGAGAGGUUCCUCCAGGGAGAGCACAUCGGCUCCGGCACCUUCCCGGCCAGGGCUGGAGGAGCUGAGCUGGGAUUGUUUUAAGGAGAAGCCAAAGGCUGCUCGGCCUCAGCAGCAGGACUUGCCUCUCUGAGCCCUGCAGUGCCUCGUUGGAGCUGCCUGUGGGGACAGGGGGAUGGGAUCAUCGUUGAUGCCAGCAGGCACACACGGGGCACCCAGCAGCUCCUGCCUGCACAGCUCAGCUCUGCCUGGCCAGGAGAUGAGGACCAGGAGGUGACCUGCCUGGCCAGGACCAUCAGCUUCCCCGCCACAGAGGGACACAGUGGGGAGGACAACACCAGACCUGAGCUCUCCUGUCGUUCCCCAGUGCUACUGUCUGUGCAGUCACAUCCCCAACCACCGUGGCUUUAGGUACCACAGCACUGGCUUCUGCAGAGCCCCCUGUCCCCUCCUGCUGCCACGUCCUUGGAGCCAUUGCCACCACACAGCGACUCCCGCAGUGUCUGAUCCACUCACCCUUCCCAGCUUCCAGCUCCUCCACAGCUCCAGGACCCACCACGUGCUCCCGGACCACAUCCCAGCUGGAGUCACACUCAUCCCUGGUGCACUGGGGGACCAGCAAUAGCCCAUUGCCUUCCGCUGUGUCUGUCCCUGCCAGCAGCUCCCGAAGGAUCCGUGGGGUCUCGGAGCAGCGACACAAACCACCGUGGUCUGAUCCCAACGCUCACCUUCUGUACAUAACCCACCAGUCCUGUCGUCUUCUUCCCUCCGUGCUCUGUUUUCUGCUGCCAGCAGCUGGGCAGGCCUGAGAAGGUACAUGAGAAGUGUCCGGUUGGGCCCCGGUGCCAUGGCAGGGGUUCCCAGCCGAGGGAUGGGAGGGACCCCAAGCGAGCAGGGAGGAUGCUCAGCACAGCCAGUGCCCAGCCCUGUGCCACCCCACAGAGCGGAGCCAUUCCCUGCUUUGCUUCCCUCUUAUUUCCCCCAUCUAAACCAAAGAAACAACCAAUCCCAUGGAAACCUCACCCUUGUCCCACGUCCCACCCAGACCCCCCCCUUGCUGGCACUGUGCUGAGGCAACCAGCUUGCUCCAGGGGCUCCCAGCUGGCAGGGCUGCUCCCACAGCAGCUGGCACCCACCUGCAAGGUGCUUUUCCCCAAGGCUGAGCCCACUUCCCUCCCCAAAAGGACACAUGUAGAAGAAAGAAGGGUCCUUCAGAGCCAGCCCUGGCGUCACAGGGACCCUGUGUGACCAGUGUCCCCAGGCAGCCCCCCUUCUUCAAUCCCAGCAUCGGGGCAGAGCUGCCCCCCCUGCCUGCCCCUGCCACAGCCUGUCUCAUAAUGAGAAUUUUAACGACCCCAAGUUCAGAUGGUUUCCACAAGCUUUCCUGACACCAGCUCCCCCCUCCCCAGCACACCCAGGGGCUGCAACCAGCCAGAAAUGCCACCAUACUCAAAAAAACCACAGCUCUGCAAUCCCUGGGCCCCUGUCAGUGCCAGCCCAUGAGCCACAGCUCCUCAACCUCUGUUUGCCACCGAGUCUGUGUCGCUUGUACCCACGUCGCUUGUGCCACGGCCAAGGCAGCCCCUGCCCCAUCCUCCCCCCACCCCCCCCGAGCCUCGCGCCAUCCUAGUGCCAUU